CGGCGGCGGGGCGAGUCCGGCGGCCGGGCGGGGAAGAGGAUGCGCGAGUACAAGGUGGUGGUGCUGGGCUCGGGCGGGGUGGGCAAGUCCGCGCUCACCGUCCAGUUCGUCACCGGCACCUUCAUCGAGAAGUACGACCCCACCAUCGAGGACUUCUACCGCAAGGAGAUCGAGGUGGACGCCUCGCCCUCCGUCCUGGAGAUCCUCGACACGGCCGGCACCGAGCAGUUCGCCUCCAUGCGGGACCUCUACAUCAAGAACGGGCAGGGCUUCAUCCUCGUCUACAGCCUCGUCAACCAGCAGAGCUUCCAGGACAUCCGCCCCAUGCGGGACCAGAUCAUCCGCGUCAAGAGGUAUGAGAAGGUCCCUGUGAUCUUGGUUGGGAAUAAAGUGGACCUGGAGAGCGAGAGGGAAGUAUCGUCCAGUGAAGGCAGAGCUCUGGCCGAAGAAUGGGGUUGUCCAUUUAUGGAGACUUCCGCAAAAAGCAAAACAAUGGUGGAUGAGCUUUUUGCAGAAAUCGUCAGACAGAUGAACUAUGCGUCGCAGCCGGAUAAAGAUGACCCAUGUUGUUCUGCAUGUAAUAUACAAUAGCGUUACAGAUUAUGGAAUUGGACCUUGAUUUGCUGUAUUUUUGGUAAGGUAACAGGACUGACUGCUUCACUUUGUGAUUUAAGCUGGGUCCCUUGGGAUAAAUCCAAAGUGGAGUAGCAGCAUCAACUCCAAGCAGAACACUGACGUUGGUGGGUUUGAGAUUCUGAAAGUCACUUACCUGGAGCACAUCUUCUACACCUGCUACUCUGUAGCACAGCCAUCAGCUUUACAGGGUGAGCACAAGUGAUGUUUUUUCGCCUCGGCAAGUGACAGCCGUUGACCUCUUUCGGUCGAGGGUUGUUGACGGUGGUGGAAAGGAGAGCACCAGCAAAAGACCUUUUGCACACUGCAUAGUCUCUGCUGAUAAAUAAAAUUGAAUGGAACUUUUAAGUGUCUGCAUAUUGAAUUUCAGGACUUGUCACUUGUGGCCAAGUUUACUCAGUCAAAUAUGCUAAGUUCAUCUUUACCUUUGACACAAGUGUUAGUAGCGUUAUUGGCAAAUAGAUGUAAUUAUGUUUCUCUCCCCCCCCCCACCCUUUAAUUUGAUUCCGUUCUAUUAUCCCAUCAUGCGAAAAGGAAAAUAUUCCAUCAGUACUUGAAAGUAAAGAGAUGAGCUCUGAAAAAAAGAAUCAAAGGCUUGUGAAGAGAACAGUGAGACGUCGGAAUGUGUUAGAUAUUCUGCUUUGCUGCUCGGAAAUGGCAUGGAUCACUUCAGAUGCUGUUCGGUCAAGAAACCAAACAAACCCUCCAUUUAUGAGGCAGGAAACAUGUUCAUCUCUUUCCUGAACCAGGAGGGAAGGAACUAUGAUGGGGGGAGAAAAUAUCGCUUAGCCUUACUGACGAGGAAAAUGUUAGCACAUUAACAAAUACCAUCUUGUAAGGAAAAUGAAGCCAUGUUGUAUCCAGAUGUUCCUUUUUUGCAAAAACCUCACAGGGGACAGUCUGAGCAUCUUGCAUUUUUUUUUAAGUUUUAAGGGUACCGGUUUAUUUCUUGCCUUUUUAAGGGCUACAUCUUUGGUGUGAUACCCCGAUUAACCUUUGAAAGUCAAAUUUGCCAUUUUAUAGCUUUAAUGUUGGCAACCUGGUUAAUUGAAUUAGCUGUGUUGAAGUUACUUUGGCUCAGAAGUUGAAUACACAGUGUUGUAGUUCCACAGGUGAGGGAGGGGAAAGAUUGGUGCCCCCCCCCGCCCUUUUCAAUUGCCUAACAUGCUAGUCAGAUGCUGUUAUACAGUGAUACCAUUGCCCUGGUUGUUGCCGUGAAAGUGAGUGAAAUGUUGUUUUGAAAUGGUGCUCAGCCUCUGAUCUUAACUUCCAUAGCAGUUGAAAUACUUAUCAUUUGCAUGACUUUAACAGCACCGGUUAUAUCUAUUCUGAUGUCUUACAAUCAAGGAAGUUUCCAGUCGGAAUGUCUAGGGUUGAAAUGCUGGAGUCGAUCAUAUUGAGACGGACCUUUAUGGAAACAUUUGGCCUUUAAACGCAAUACCAUUGAGCUUGUGGUCCAAAUGUCACCCUGGAGUUUGGCUUCUCAGUCUUGUGAAAAUAGCUAUGUAAUUCCUUUGUGUCGAUGAGUGGAGAGGCGUGUAUGUAUCUUGUGUGCCUGUUGGUGGGACUGUGUGUGUGUGUGUGACUUCCUACAAAUGCUGUAAUGAAGUUGAGUUCUGAGGCAUUUGCCUCCAUCAGCAGAAAUACACCUUUCAAUCUAAAGCGCGUCUACAGGAACUGCGUUCCAAAAUGUGUGUUUGAACUUUGACAACACUCGGCCACUUUAUUUCGUGGACAACAUGCCAUGUUUAAUUACGUUCACAAUUUAAAGAUGGCAGAUGAGUAGAGGCCACUGUUGCCUUAGUCCUUGCAUGUUUCCCCAUAACCAAGGAAGCAAAGAGUAUAACGCGAAGUACGAUGUCCUACUCUGGAAAUGUAGCUCCUUCCCAACCAGCUUGCACGGCCUUUGAAGUUGUGGCCCCUGCUGUUGACAACCUGCAUGUGUCAAGGGGGGGGGAAGAAUUGUCACGAGUUCAACAAUAUCUAGAAUGUUUUAGAAGGAAUGUCACUGCAGAAGUAGCUUGGUCUCUUAGGAAAAUGACUGGCUGCAGAAUUGAAAUAACUUGCUCUCUCCUCUCCCCCGACAUGCCAUUAAUUUUGAAUACUGAUCCGAGCAAUUCCAAAAAAUAGUCCCUGUCUCUUGCGCGGCAGAUUGCUUAUGCACCCGUAACAGUGACACGGAUAACAUGAAUGAAGGGAAAUAAAAUAGCAUUUAUGAUGAAAGCGGGCACAGAAGUCAUUGCAAUGCCAUAUUCUGAACAGGAGAGAAAAAUCCUUCCUAGAUAAUGCUUACUGUGGUUUUGGAGACAAAGCACUGUGUGUUGUUGCAAAAGUGUAAUGGUUUUAUGUGAUGUGUCAUUCUAAGGAGGUAGUUUGUGUGCUGUUUGGACUCUGCAAACAUUACUAGUGGGACAGUGAAGGGUGUGUGGGCCUGAUUUUUUUUUAAUCAGCAAAAGGGAUAGACCAGCUGCAGUUUAAUCACAUUUACAUGGAUCCCCCUGCUCCCAGAAAGAAACUGAAUUGACCUCCGUGUAAUGUGUUUAGGCCAGCAAAGGGAACCAUGGGGAAAAACAGGUGACAGCCAGUUGUCUAGUGCCAAUUCCAAAGGUGCCACGGCUCCUCUGGUUGAUUCCUCCCUUCUCCUCCCCCCUUCCCGCCAGCAGUGGUGGUGGCUUAUCUUGUGGCCGUGGCUCUGUUGUGUUAGAUGUUUUCUGUUAGCCAGAGAUAGAUUUCAAGGAGGGCAGCGGCCUGCUCCUAAGCCAGCCUCUUGGCCACCCUAGCUCUGUGCCACUGGGAAUGUGGGGUGUACCCUGCCGUGUUCAUAAUGAGGCACGGUGAUGCUUUCCCACUCUGUGUGCAAGAGCAGCACACUGGCAUCUGUUGGUGCCAUCACACGUCCUGGGAGUUACUUAUCAAGGAUCAGUGCAUUAUUUUAUAUCCUGAUCAGAUCCCAAUGAUAGUAUUUUUGUUCCGGUAUGACAUGCCUUAAAACAUUAUCAUUUGAUCCAAAGACCCGCUUAUCCCUUUAGCUGUUCUCGUAGAGCUCUGUAUUUUUCUGCAGAUGGCAUUUUUUACGUUUAUAUUGUAAAAUGUCGCAGCUCCUUCUGGAAAUGUGUUAAUUGCCCUUUUCCCUUUUCACGGGAGUUAAUCAAGCCAUCAUCGACUCUAAAAGCUUUCAUGGUAAGGAUUUUUUUCAAGUUUUCCUCCCCUAUCAAGAGCAGCUUUUAGAGAGUUCCUCUUCACAGCAGGACCGACAACGCUUCACUCCUCUUCAUAUACUCCAUUUCUAAAGAUGCCAUUAACUUCCUGUGGGCAAACUUCCUGGUAUUUGCUUUUUAAAACAAAACAAAACAUACAAGCAUCCUCUGUUCUGGUUGGGGAGAUGUAUGGUUUCCCCUCCGCAUGUGCUCAAAGCAGCAGCUAAUGUGAUGGUGAAGUACAUUUGGCAGGAAUUUUCAUGUGCAUUUCUCCCUCUUGUCAGUUCUUGAUCAGGGUUUCAAAUGAUUGCAGUGUGGUUUUUGAGACUAGGCUUACCCGUCGACAAUUUGGGAUUUCCUAAGAGUUGAAUAAAGAUAUUUAACAGUUGAUCGUCGAGCUCAAUUGCAAUUGAUAACUGAGGAAAAAAAAAAACACAGCAAGUUUUAUAAGGGGUCAGUUUAAAAUCACAAUGUUUCAAAAAGAAAAUCAAAUUGUACAUAGAACUCGAUGCAAACUCAG